GGAGCACUGCCCCAUAUGUUGUUGCCUCUCACAUAUAUCGCAGUUCCCCAGAUUGCACAUCUUUCAACCAACCAGCAAAAUCCCCGCAAAGAAAACUGCCAGAGAGUAAAUCGGUUGCAAAAUGACGAUGUCCGGCCCACCGCCCCCACUUCCGCCCAUGGCUUCUCCGCCACCAGUGCCUGAAGGAUGGAAAGCAGAGUGGUGUGGUGAGUAUAACACUUGGUACUACUUCAAUCAAGCAACGCAGACCUCCACCUGGGAGAACCCUCUGAACAAAGCGCCACUCCCACCCUCUCCACCUCCCUACGCACGCAGCGGCUCGCAUCCUCCUCAACCCCAGGGAAGCCUAUAUGGAGAUGAGGAGAAAUCGACCACAGAGCGCGGCUUCCCACCUGUCCUCGGCCGUAUCUUCGGCCACCACCACAGCCACAGCCCCCCUGUGAACCAGAAUACCCGCCCUACCAGCCCUGCGUUUCAAGGAAGCGCGCCCCUCUACAUCCAUGCGGCGUGCUGGUGUGAUCAAGACAUCACGCAAAAAGUCCGUGGCAUGGUGACUCCACAGCAGACGCUAUCACUCCGCUGCGAUGCCUUGACCUACCAUUUCGGAGACCCAAUGCCAAAUAAAAUAAAGCAAUUUUCCAUAUUGUAUUCUUAUGGGCAACAGCCAUGGCAACUCUUAGCAACCGUCGAAGACAAUGAAGCGAUUACACUUCUUCCCAUCCAGCCUGUUGACAAUUAUCGCGCACAAUUCGUGCAGCAGCCGACAAGCAAAAUCGUUGCUCUUGUCUGGGGCAUCAAGAAUGCGCUUGUUGAUGCAGAGAACUCGACUGGUCGCAGCGCAGGCUUGAAAUUGAUGGAACUUGAGCGGGAGGGGAGACUAGACGCGAGUAAUGCGUGGAUGGGUUUCGAUGGGCUUCCGAAUAUUGUGAAAAUGGCUGUGGUGUAUUAUCGUAAUCCGGAUGGAAGUGUUAGUGUUGCGGCUGCGAAGGAGGGAGAGACUCUGAGGUUGCCAUGGAAUGCUCUUGCUGGUGUGAUCUAGGGCUUUCGGACAUUUUUCGAUCUGUGUCCGAAGGUUCAAUUGGCUUGCAUUAUGUUAGAAAGCGAAUUUGAAGCUUCCUAACUCACUUCAAACGUGGCAUGUGAACUGCUGUGAGCCAUGACGUGAGACAAUGGACUGUCUUGAGGAUGG